GCCCAGUCACCCUUGCUCACACUUCUUUAAUACUCCUCGCUGUGCCUCUGGCAUUUUGGGGACCUUUUCAAUCCUACAACGAGUGUGCGGCGACUGACGCGCUAAAACCUCUGAGGAGGCGUGGCUCCAGACCGGAAGAACCUUCGGUUGCCACGGGAACGCCACGCACCAAAGGCAUCAAGGCGCCUGCCCAGCUACUGAUGGUUGGGCUGAAGCAGACGCUGCCCCUUCGCCCAACUUGCAGAGGCAGUUUUGUUCAGGACUCGGCGUCCUUCUUCCGAUGGAGGCCUAGAGAGAAAGGCUGAGGGGCGUCCGCACCACAUUCCCUGUCGAGAGACGGAAAGGAGCGAGUGCGUCCGUUCCUGUUCAGCAGCUCCUGGGCCCGCGGGACAAACGUCAAAGAGCAGCUGGUUUGGAAAUACUUGACUCACAUUAUGGGAUUGUUAGACAGACUUUCAGGCUUGCUUGGCCUGAAGAAGAAGGAGGUUCAUGUUUUGUGCCUUGGUUUGGAUAACAGUGGCAAAACAACAAUCAUUAAUAAACUUAAACCUUCAAAUGCUCAAUCUCAAGAUAUAGUUCCAACUAUAGGAUUCAGCAUAGAGAAAUUCAAAUCAUCCAGUUUGUCUUUUACAGUGUUUGACAUGUCAGGUCAAGGAAGAUACAGAAAUCUCUGGGAACACUAUUAUAAAGAAGGACAAGCCAUUAUUUUUGUCGUUGAUAGUAGUGAUAGAUUACGAAUGGUUGUGGCCAAAGAAGAACUGGAUACUCUUCUGAAUCAUCCAGAUAUUAAGCAUCGUCGAAUACCAAUCUUAUUCUUUGCGAACAAAAUGGAUCUUAGAGAUGCAGUGACAUCUGUAAAAGUGUCUCAAUUACUGUGUUUAGAGAACAUCAAAGAUAAACCAUGGCAUAUUUGUGCUAGUGAUGCCAUAAAAGGAGAAGGAUUGCAAGAAGGUGUAGACUGGCUUCAAGAUCAGAUCCAGGCUGUGAAGACAUGAAAAGAUAGUAUUUGGAAACCUCAACAGUUUUCAAUUCAAGGAAUAUAUCUUAAAGCAAACUGAACUUUAAAUUUCUUAAAAGGUGUUUGUACAUCUGAGAAUACUUUAUAAUCUUCUGCCUGCAUUUAUGGACUCUGAAUGAGGUUUUUAAGAACAUAGGACUUCAGGUAUGCUAAUCUGGCCAUUAAUUAUACGAAAAUUAAAUCUUUCCUCAGAAGGGCUCCCUCCCCAGAAUUACCGACUUCUUGGUAAAAGUCUGCAUUUGAUUGUAACUAGAAUGUUUAAAGUCAGAGUUAUAAGCCAUCUCAAUAUCUCAUCAUGAUUUAUGAUAUCUUUAAUGCAUUUUACUUUUUUUAAUUGUCUUCUAAAACUUUAGUUUAUCAUAUGACUUUUGUAGUAUGAUUGUGCUUGUGGAAAAAGAACUUUAAAUAUUUAUAAGGGACCAUUGGGUAAUUAAUAUAUAUUAAAGUUUUUCUAUAUGUCACCACUAAUAAAACAUAAAGUGUACCAAGUAGGAUGCUUUGUAUGCUAAAAAGAAUAAUGGUGUGUUACUAUGGUAUUUGGUGUUUUACUGUCAAACAUUUGUAAAUUAUCUGAAACCAAGUUAAGCUAAAUUUAUCCAGUGAAUAUAUAUGAAACAUCUCUAUACCUAUACUAGUUUGGCAUUUUCCUAGGCAAUGGUGAUACAAGAUAAAUGAAACAUAUUCCUUUUCCUUAGAGUACUUAAAUUUGAGGGAGAAUUUGAGAAUCUUUUCAUUCAUAAUUUUAUUACAUUGGCUGAAUGAAAAUACUGCAUCUUAAGAUUAAGAAGUAUAGAAAUGAAUUAAUGUGAUUCUUCACAAUUAUUACAACUUACUUCUUUCUUCUGUUAAAAUGUCUCCAGUUUACUGCACUACUUUGUUAAAAUAGACUGUGACUCACCAACUAUGUUUUUCCUGAGCAUAAACUGCUACAAAAAUGUUCUUUAGAAUUUUAAACAUAUCUCUGCCAUUUACUGUAUGAAAAUUGUGUUACUUCUCACAACUUGGAGACUACUUAUAAUUAUAAACUCUAAAUAGAAGCUUUCAUUUCAAAUUAAUCACUGGGAAACAGUAUACUGAACAAUGGUGUGAAUCCUGAAAAAUAUUAUGUAUAAGGAAAAACUGUAAUAUCAGUGUGUAACCUCUUAAAUAUCCUUAGCUGUGAAAAUGAUAAAAAAUAGAAGGGAAAAGGUAAGUGAGUAAUAAGGAUGUGUUAUAGUAACUAUGGUAGUGGUAUUUUCACAGAGAUUGAAUAAAAUAAUUUUAAAACUACAGUAAAAAUUCUGUAGUCCAUUUUCUCUUAGUGCAGAAAUCCCAGUGAUUUAGAAUUUGGCAAAUUGAAAGUUAUCCAGAAUGUUCCAGUGAACCAGCAUUUUAGCUAGCUUUCUCUCAUAAGUUGUUUUGAUGAGGAUACAAAGUGAGUCUCGAGUUGCCUCAGAUAUAAAAAAGGACAUGAAGAUGAAAACACUGACUUUAAUAAAAAAAUUAAUAUUAUGUAACUGUUUUAGGAGGAUGGAGAAAGGGGUGUUUUAAGAGAAUUCAAAUCUCAUCUACAGUAGGUAACAAUAAUAAUAGCUAUCACUAUAUGGUCACUCUGUUUUGAGCAAGAUAUCAUACAUAUGUGGGAUUUUGCAUCAUAUAAUCCUCACAAUAACCUCAUGUAGUAGAUUCUAGUAUUUUGUAGAGAAGGAAACUGAGGCCUCAAAGUUUAUUUGUUAAAGGUCACAAAGCUGGUAAAUGGUGCUGAGAUUCAGAACCAAAAGUUCUGUUUAAAAUGGGUGAUUCAAGAGCUAAGAGUGUUGCUGAUUUUAGAAAUAUAGAGCUAUCUGCCAUAAGAACAGCUAAAAGGUUGGGAAAGUCUCACUGCAGUGGGAGACCCGAAUGGGGCUAGAGGAGGUCAGGAACAAAGGACUACUGUUUUUUUUGUUUUUUGUUUUUUUGUUUUUGCUUCUUUUAAGUCUAUUAACACUUCAAAUUUUAAACUCUGGGAAGAAAUGACUGAUAAAAAUAAAACUAUGUUGAUGCUAGUAAGUUAAUUAGUAUUCCACAUACUAUAGUAAUUCACACUUAAGCAAAUAUUUAGAAGAGAGGGACAUACUAAUUUUUUCCUUUGUUUCCAUGAUCUCCAAAUCUAGUGUAUAGUCUAUAGUAAACAUUUAUUCCUACUCUACAUUUUCAUGUAAAGAUUAUGUACAGCAAGUUGGACUGCAGUGGUCACAGGAUGCCAUGUAAGUGUGCAAAUGCUGAGGUUAUUGUGUUUGUAUUUAGCAUUAUGCAAUUAAAAUUUAUUGCAUUAAAGCUCAAGCAAGCGUUUUAUUUCAUGUUUAGACAUCACUGUGUUGCAAAGUGUAAUUCAUUAAGCUCCACAUUUCAAUAUAAAACGUCAUAAAAUGUUCAAAAGUUAGCCUGUUGUAUGUUUUGCAUUUAAAUAUUUAUAUGUGGUACUAUUCAGCCUGUGCCUUAUAAACCACAAAAGGGCUGAGUUAUAUUUGUUUUCUGUUUAUAAGUUGUCUGCUAAAACUUACGAUUGUCUUAUUACUUAUUUUUUUCCUUUGAAAUUUUUGGCCCACCUUGUUGUGAUUUCUAUAAAUGUAAUGCAGUUACUCUGAAGAAAACUUAAGGUAAAUACAUCCUGCAUGUAAUUCUGGUACAUUAAAAUACUGUAGCAUUUUAACUGACUUUGUACAUAUUUUCUGCUUUCCGGUUACUCCCUCUUGCUUCUUAGUUAAAAAAUAAAUAAAACCAAUAUUAAAAGCUCACUUAAA